AUGGACUUCAUACAAGACUACGUGACCCUCCUGCCGCGGCUGCUCCCGCCGACCAUCGCCUCGCCGCUCCUCACCUUCGUCACAACCGCCUUCGGCAUCUUCCGUACGCUGCAAACACACCUCACGCCACUCUUCACACGCCUAGUCACACAGCCCGACGCAGCCUCGAUCCUCGUUGUCGUCGCCGCACUAUUCAUCAGCUUCAAGAUCCUCGACAUGAUGUACCGUGCCGUGCUGUUCUGGGUCAGUCUCGUCUUCAGGCUGGUGCUGUGGGGUGGCAUGGGGUUGGUUGGGCUGUGGGUGUACAACCGGGGCGUCGAUGGCUUCGUGCAGGACGUGCAGGAUCUGGCGCAGAAGUGGGCGGGCGAGUAUGAGAAAUACAGCGGCGAGGUGAAGAGGUUCCAGCAAGAUCAGGAGGCGCAGAUUAGGUUGCAGGCGAAGCAGCAGGGCGGGCGCAAGGGAUGGCGGUAG